UGUGCGUGUGUGUGUGUGUGUGCGUGUGUGCGUGUGUGUCUAUUUCCUCUCUUUGCCACCCGCGGCGAUCGGUUCGUCGUACGUGUGUGCAGUGCGUUUGUUGUUUGCCCUAUCCUGCGGUGCCUUACCGAAAGGUGUGCAUGGUGACAGUGUGUGCGUGUGUGUGGUCAUGAUUUUAAGGGGCGAUAAAGGUGUGCAAAAAAUAUAGCAAGAAGAUGUGUCUGCACACAUCCGUGUUGUAUGGGGCCAAUGCAGUUGUGUUUUGUGUUUGAUUAUGGCCAUCUCCUCCUGUGCCGAUUGGUGAAGAUUUGUGUGGAUUCGACGAUCGAGCGUGUAUGCGUGAACGGGCCCAAAAGAGUUAUCACCCACCGUUUCGUGUGAAGCUGAAGAUCGGUUUCCCUACCUGGGGAGAGGUGCUUGGUGCUAGUGCUACCCUACCCUUCCGUAACAUAUAUCAACCUGCCGCAUAAACCUGUUCCCUUUUGCGGCGCACCAGUAUAUUGCGAUUAACAUACACAGAUCUCAAUUCUGGGGAAACCAGACUAACGCUGAGAUGAAACAAACAUUUAAUGAUCAAAAUAAGCAUUACAGCAUUCCAAAACGAUCUAAAUUACUCUUGCUAUAAUCAAACUUAAAUUGAUUACUACAAACACUUCAAUUGAGCACCAGUUCAAUAAUAUACCUCAGUAAAAACAGUGCCCAGUGAUUUUUAUGUAGCUCUCAACCGUCUAUCGCUAUUCCGUAGCAAGCAUCGUGUGUGCAUUCUAUAGUGCGUUUUGUGUGUGUGCGUGUGUGUGGUGUAGCGUAUUCGAGGUAGCGGGAGAUAGCUUCGGUGAUAUUUAGAAGUGCCAAUCGAUCAAGUAGCUAGGGGACGGUCGAAACCGUUUCUUCCGGGGUUUUGCCGAGAAACGUCGGUACCCCAAACAGCAAAACCGCAGCCGCUCGCGAUGGGCUUCUCGUCCGCCCUGCAGGGGCGGGCGGCGCACGAUGCGCUGCUCAACCGGCAGGAGGCCGAGCUGAAGCUGCUCGAAACGAUGAAGCGCUGCCUGGCGCAGAAGGCCAAGUGCGAUCGCGAGUACGCCGUAUCACUGGCGGCCGUCACCCAGCAAGGCCUCAAAAUCGAUCGCUCAGAUGAUCUGCAGGGAAGUCACGUAAUGCGAGCGUGGCGAAGCUUCAUGGAAGAAUUGGACCAUACGGCCAAACAAAUUCGCACCAACGCGGAACAGCUGGAAACGGUCUGUCACGAGAAGCUGGCCAGCCUGUACCAGGAAAAGCGACGCGUUAGAAAGCAGUACCAGGAGGAGCACACCAAAAUCGCCACCCAGUUCAGCCAUCUCACAGAGGACGUUGCACGAAAGAAAAGCGAGUACCAGAAGCAUUUAGACUACUACAAGCUCCUGCGAGGCCGAUUCGAGGAACAUAUCAAGUCCGGCCGGUCAGGGCGUAAGCUGGACGACGUCAUCGACAAGUACCAGAAGGCCUGCCGGAAGCUGCACCAAGCGCACAACGAGUACGUCCUGCUCAUAACCGAGGCGGUCGAGGUGGAGAAGGACUUCCGAACGAUACUGCUGCCCGGUCUGCUCGAGCACCAGCAAUCGCUGCAGGAAGGUUUCAUUCAAGCGUGGAGCAACCUGCUGCAGGAGAUUGCGAACCUGAGCGACAUGACGUCGGACAAGUUCGUCGACAUACAGCGCCGGAUCGAGUCGAGCAUAGCGGGCAUCAACUCGACGGAAGAGUACCGCGAGUUUACGGAAAAGCACAAAACCUCCCCAACUCCCCCCGUCAUAUUCCAGUUCGACGAGAGCCUGGUCGAGGACAGUCUGGGCAAGCUGCAGGCGAACACGCUGACCGUGGACAACCUUACCGUCGACUGGCUGCGCGGCCGGCAGACGGAGCUCGAGGGUACGAUCAAGGAUCUGCAGGACCGCCAGAGCAAGCUGUGCGGCGAACCGAACGGCACGAACGGCGCCACGGGCAGCAGCCCGGCCGCCGUCAGCCCAGCCAGUACACCCGGCACCAAGCCAUCCACGCCGAUCCUGAACGGGUCCAGCACCAGCAACGGUGUUCAUCAGGGGAAAGAUCCGACAACCAACAAAUCUUCCAAGGAACUGAACACGCUGCGCUGCCAAGAGCGGCAAACGCUCAAGCUGGUCGACAUGAUCCGUUCGGCGCUGAAUGAGGUUGGCUGCGAGGAGCUGCCGUCCGGCUGUGAUGACCUUUCCGUAGAGCAUCUAAUCGAGAACAAAAAGUCUGUCAGUCAGGAUCUAUCGGUGGACUCACUGCAGCAGCAGCAAACUUCCACCGCCAUGGGUCUGUUCUCGUUGCGCACUGGUGGUGGUGGUAGUGGUGGUGGUGGUAUGAUGUCCAUGCUGAUGGAUCAACUAAGGCGCAAGUCGGGACCGCCGACGGUUUCGGGAUCCAGCUCGGCCGACAAGACGCCGCGAUCGGGCCCCACACCGGUGCAGACACCGAAGCCAGGACACCGAGGAGCAACGUCCACGGUAACUACUAACGCCGACAGUGAGUCGGUCUGCUCGUUCGUUGUGUGUCGUGAGCGUGUGCAAGCUGCUUCGGGUGAUGUGCUUCCGCCGUCCGCUUCCGAUCCGACCAUCCGGCCAGCCGAGCCGGCCGAUGGGGCGACGUACGCGGAACUCCUGCCCGCCCGGAACGAUUCCGACCAGCGACUGUCGAACGUUUACGUGGACAUGGAGGCGUGUCUGUUGCACGAGCUCGAUGUGGAACAAUCGUUCCAGUAUACUAACCUUAGCAGCUGCGGUCCGCGCCAGCAGCCGCUGGUCGCAUCCGCAGCGGGCGAAAGCUUUGGCGCAUCCUGCGAACUGCCUAACCCAACUAACACGGACCACCAGCGCCACGCGCUGCAGUACAGACGCUUGCGCACUCAUGCUAGCAGCGAGGACAGUGAGGUGCACCUGCUGAACCGGCAGUACCCAUGCGAGGCCGCCGAUGAGCCCGGUGCGGGCGAAGAUGAUGAGGACGAUGAUGAUGGGGCAGCGAGGUGCACAAACGCCGAUGAGCUGAACGAUUCCAAGAACAAUCUGCUGCGGGAGGAGAGCUUCGAUGAAAACCAGCGGCAGCAGCUGUCUAAUUGUUCGACCUGGCGACGAAAAUCCACGGAAGAGGGAGAGACGGAUGGCAAGUAUCUUACGAUGCGGAAAGAGGUGGCGAUACCGGCGCCGGAAGCGAUUCCCUCCCAGGAAGCUCAGUGGAAGUCGUCGAUCGAGCGACACCUGGACCACAUCGAUGCACUGAACCAGAAGCUGGACGAGCACCAGCGACUGGCGGCCCGGCUGUCCGAAGAGUACGAGUACAUUCGGGUGCAAACGCUCACCCGUCCUGCGGUGGCGCCACAGCCCCAGAAGCCCCUUCCCGGCGCAACCAAACCACCGACGCAGACGUUCGAGAAGGCGAACAGCUUCCGGGAGAAGAUCCGGCGCCGCAUCAAGGGAACGAAGCAGGACAGUGACCGACAGGCCGAUCGUUCGGUGUCUCCUGACAACCCGGACCAGCCCGAAAGCUUUUCGGGACGGCUAAGAAGCCGCAUUACAGCCCACCACACCCAGCGACAGUUUCGGCUGAUGAAGGACACGGACUCGGCCAGCCCGUCCACCGACCGCUCGAUUGCGGAGCGGCUUCCGCCCGGCAACUCUGCCGCCGGUCGCAAAAAGAAGAAACGCAAAGCAUCGAAAGCGAACCGGGCCGCCCGGCAGCAGCUUAGUCGCGGUGGGCCGGAUGGCCACCAGCCGGAACGGCACCAGCCGUUGCACCCCCAGCAAGCCUUCUCGGAAGAUGAACUGCUAGCCGAAGAGCAGCCGGCACUGUCGCCGGACCACAGUGGCGGUCCGCGUGCUACUGCCGCCGGCGGGCUAGGGACGUCCUUCUCGCAAACGGUGCGCGCCACUUGGCGCGAAUUGAUCCACUCCACCAACAAGGUAAAGGAUUCGUCCAUGAAUCUCGCCCUCCGGUCGGACCGACCCGAGGAGAAGCUGGACCUGAUCGCGGCCGAUCCGGACCGGCAGGGUUUGCUCUCCAUUCGGUUCACCUUUUCCGAUGGAGGGCGCAAGCACCAGCUGGUGGAUGGUAUGAUGGCGUCGGAUAUGCACACCACCGCCGAUUACUGUGUUCCACUGCUUGUAGCGCGAAGCGAAGACACCCAGCUGCAGGCCGGCUCCCCGGACGGAGAUAUGCGCCCGGAGACGCCGGUCUUCGCCCAGCGGGCAAGCAAAGCGGGCCCCAGCUUAAAGAGCAACCUUCGGGACAAGCUGACCAAGCUGGUGCACAAGAAAACUGCCAGCGGCGGCUCGGUGCAGUCGGGGGGCCGUUCGGUGGCGACUGCGCAGGAAGUUUGCCGCACCUGCUCCAAACGGAUCGUGCAGCGUUCGGGCAGCGAUGGCGGCGGUGGCAUGCAUGCCAGCCGUACGGUGCUGGAUUUUAGGAAAGAGUUUCCCGACAUUGACAUCUGCGAGGGCGGCCACGAUCACCUGGAUGGGGCCACUUCGGAGAUGAUCAAUCUCGAGUACGAAGACAUUGAUGUGCUAACGAUCAAGCCCCACAAACUAAUCGAUCCCUCCGCCGCCGAGGGUGGCAUCUGUGUGAGUAUGACUCUAUCGACAAAUCGUCCCCUGCACGAGGAAGAAUGGUUCCACGGUGUACUGCCACGCGAGGAGGUGGUCCGGUUGCUGCGCAAUGAAGGCGACUUCCUGGUGCGCGAAACGACGCGCAACGACGAGAGCCAAACCGUACUGAGUGUCUGCUGGAACGGACACAAACACUUCAUUGUACAAACGACGGCCGAGGGCCACUAUCGUUUCGAAGGACCAGCCUUCCCCAGCAUACAGGAGCUGAUCGUGCACCAGUACCAGUCGGAGCUGCCGGUCACCGGCCGCUCCGGUGCAGUGCUGCGCAAACCGGUCCUGCGCGAGCGCUGGGAGCUCAGCAACGACGAUGUGAUCCUGCUGGACAAGAUCGGGCGCGGCAACUUCGGCGACGUGUACAAGGCCAAGCUGAAGUCGUCGAAGAACACGCUCGUCGCUGUCAAGACGUGCCGGAUGACGCUGCCCGAGGAGCAGAAGCGCAAGUUUCUGCAGGAGGGUCGCAUCCUGAAGCAGUACGACCAUCCGAACAUCGUCAAGCUGAUCGGCAUCUGCGUACAGAAGCAACCGAUCAUGAUCGUGAUGGAGCUGGUGGCGGGCGGGUCGCUGCUCAUGUUUCUCCGCAAAAACGCCAGCACGCUCGGGCAGCGGCAGAUGAUGGGCAUGUGCCGGGAUGCGGCCGCCGGCAUGCGCUACCUCGAGUCGAAGAACUGCAUCCACCGGGAUCUGGCCGCCCGCAACUGUUUGAUCGGCAGUGAGAAUAUAGUGAAAAUCUCCGACUUUGGAAUGUCCCGCGAGGAGGAGGAGUACAUCGUUUCCGGAGGCAUGAAACAGAUCCCGAUCAAGUGGACCGCACCGGAGGCACUGAACUUCGGCAAGUACACCUCCCUGUGCGACGUCUGGUCGUACGGGAUACUGGUGUGGGAAAUUUUUAGCCGCGGCGACACGCCCUACUCCGGCAUGAGCAACUCGAUGGCACGCGAGCGAAUAGACGAGGGCUACCGCAUGCCGGCACCGGAAGGGGCACCGCCGGAGAUGUACCGGCUCAUGCUCAAGUGCUGGUCGUACGAGCCGGAAAGCCGGCCACACUUUGACGAGAUCUGCAGCGUGGUCGACGCGCUGCUGCUCUGCACCAAGGACUGACGGCGGCCGGUGGCACAACGCAACGACGAAAGGAACAUCAUGCCGCUGAAGGCAAAGGAAGCAGCCACCGGCGGUGGAUGGCCAGCUGCCCGGGGGCUGUGGAGUGAGGGGCUGACCAUGUUGCAACGUUUACUCAACGCUACUAAUGGCGCUUAGUGUGUGUGUGGCGCUUGUGUGCGCGAGAGGUAUACGAUACGAUAUGAUGGUGUGCAUCUCUAUCAAGCCUUCCGCCAGUGCAAAACAGCUUUUCAUUUAGCUUUACAUUGCAUUAGACAACGAGCCGUUGCAGACAGCGCACACAGAACAGUGCCGAUGGAGAUGGCAUGGCAAAAUGACACCACACGAGUGCAAUUGAACAGCAAGAAACAUUUAUACUUAUAUUCUAAGAACAAGGUGCUUUCGGUAGAUGGAAACAGUUAGAGAACAAGAUGGUAGAUGCAAAGUUAGAAGAAGGUAGGAAAAUAGAUAGCGAGAGCAACAUUACAAGAGCAAAAGAACAAGGACAGCGUGCAGGGGCGACCGUACUAGCUGAUCACCGCCUGAUCCUGUGUACAGGAAUGUGUUGGACAAGCGUUUACAAACUGCGUUAGGUUAGUGGUUAGUUGAGCUACAUUUAAAUUAGCUGACAACGAAGCACACAGCACAAAUAUAGAGGUAUAGUAUAGAAGCGAGAAAGGGCAUAUGGGAUGUGUGUGUGUGUGUGAAUGGGCAGGUGGACAUGGUGGGAUUCGUAUUUUAAUCGAAUAUGUAUGUAAAGGUAUGUUGCGAACUGUGGUCAAACAGCGUAGGGCUAACUAUAUAGCUAGGGUGGAAGAAAGUGUAAAUGUUGCAAUGUGUGGUUGAGUGACGAGUGAACGUAGACAAGAAUGGCUGAGCAUGAAUCUUAACAGCAACGUACAGUGAAUCAAAUACGGGAAACCUUGUGCGGGGGAAUGGGCAGGAUGCGAACGAGAUAUUCAUGUGUGAUAGAUGAUUCGAUGAGGGGGGGGGGGGAGGGGAACGGGAAUUUUUAAAUGAUCAAAAGAACAUAGAUAGAGCAGAGAAAUAGAGAGAGAAAAAAACGGGAAAUGAACAGAAACGAGACGAAGCAGUGCAAUGGAAGAUAGAUAGCUUAGAGUAGUGAACAAAAAUCAAAAGAAAUAUUAUCCUUGUUGCAGCAGCAGCGUGCAAAAGGUGUUUGUGUGUGUUCCAAAGUGCUUUUAUUUAUUGAAAGCACACUUUCACUCAGCUUCAGCAGCGUACCCGCUUUAUGUUACAACGGUGCGUAAGAUUUAAAACAUCUUUUAACGCGCACAGAAGCGUCCACAAAACACGCGACGAGCAGGAACGACGCCAUGUGCAUCCUUAUGCUAAACAGCGUUAUCAAAACUCGCAAAAGCAUUUAAGCGAAUGCAAUCGGACCGGGGGGGGAAGAAAAAACAACAGAUACGAAUACUCUCGUAACUGGAACGAUGGUUUCCAAUAUCCUCCUUCUAUUACUACUACUACAACUACAACUACUACUACAGUUAAUACUAUUUCUCAUUCUCAAAGCACACAUCUCAUGUAGCGUGGCGUAACAGGUUAAGCGCUUUCGUGAUUCGUUAUGUUCUAAAAGGCACAUCACUACGCGAUCCAAAUAUACACCGACGAUAUUGUACACACAACAUACUUAUAUACACGCAAAAAGACACGUAAAGGAUUAUGUUACAUACAUUACAUCGUUUAUCCAAACGAUCCGCGGCUCGCUUUCUCUUUAAUGUCUCUUUUCUCGUUCUUUCGCUCGCAGUUAACUCAUGUACACAACUUAUACGGAGCAGAAUGUGUCGACUUAGUUGAAUAUCACGAUAUUUACAUACAUUAAACGUACAAGCUCAAAAUGAAA